AUGUAUGCAGCUCCAUGGUAUUGUGAUAACUGUCGCCGAGUUAAUGGUAUUACUCGAUAUCAGUGUCAGCACUGUAGAGGAGUAAAUUUAUGUGAUCAAUGUAUAGCACGUGCACAUAUAACACAUCCAAAUCAUACAUUUCAGUUAGUUCAACAAGCAGGCAAUGUUACUUCAACUCCAACUUGGACAGUACCAUCAUAUCCACAAUGGGCGGGUUAUCAUUAUGCAUAUCAAAAUCAACAACAACCUUCAUGGAAAAUAACAUAUGAAUAUAAGACUAUUUAA